UUGGCAGCCGAAACAACGGGUUGGCGGGGAAAAGGUUAAUUUAACACGUGACUGCUUGUUUUCCAAUCCCAGUCUGUCUUCGUUUCCUGGGGAACCACUUCCUGCAGACGAGGUUGUCACCGAGCAGCAUGGGAGCCUGGCAACAAGCUGUGGCCUCAGCUCCUCGGGUGUGAUCUCCACAGGAUGGAUGCCAUGCAACAAGCCGCCCCAGUGCUGCCAGGCCGCAGUGCCUGCUGCUAUACCAGCUGUUACUGUGAAGAAAACGUGUGGAAGCUUUGUGAGUACAUCCGAGACAGACCCCGGCACCCCCUGGAGGAAUUAUACGCCGUCUUCUUGUCGAAUGAAAAUAGGACGAUACCUAUAUGGAAACAACAGGCAGGAAAAGGCGAGGACCCAGUAAUAUGGGAUUAUCAUGUCGUUCUGCUCCAUGACCGCGGCGAUGGGCGGAGGUUUAUCUAUGAUCUGGAUACAGUGCUACCGUUUCCAUGUCCUUGUGAUACCUACAUUAAGGAAGCUCUCCGCUCCGAUCACUACAUACAUAAGGACUGGAGAAGAAAGCUGAGGUUAGUACCAGCAGAUGAGUAUCUCAGGACCUUCGCUUCUGACCGAUCGCAUAUGAAAGACGCAAACAAUGAGUGGAAGGAACCACCACCUCCUUAUGCAUGUAUAAAGACAUCAGAAUCUUCUAUGAACCUGGAUGACUUCAUCAGCAUGGACCCUCGAGUAGGUCACGGCACAGUGUACACUUUGGAAGCUUUCACACAGCGUUUCGGUACACCUGUCUGACGUACUGAGCUGCUCUAGUUCAUGAGGACAAGGCAUUGUGAAACAAGUUUCCACUGUGCAUAAUUCAUUGGAGACAUUGUAAAUAUUCCGCUGCUCUGCUGCUUCCUACAGUCCAAUGCACCGGAGGACACAAUGAGGGGCCGACUGGUAAUACAGUGCUGCCAAGACCAUAUUUAAAGGGACACUACACCUGGAAACUGUCUGCAAGCCCAUCUGGGAAGGGAAAAUGAGGCUUAUCCCCUCCUGGUCCUAUUGGCUGAGGAACAAAAAGGGGUGGGGCUUAGCAUAUCGUAGAGCAGGGAUGCUCAACCUGCGGCCCUCCAGCUGUUGCAAAACUGCAACUCCCAGCAUGCCCUAAUAGCUGUAGGCUGUCCGGGCAUGCCGGGAUUUGUAGUUUUGCAACAGCUGAAGGGCCACAGUUUGAGCAUCCCGGUCAUAGAGCAGUGCCAUAGUCUAAGCCCAGCAAUUCUAAAGCACAUUUUUUGGGCAGUUUGGUUCCUUUUGACCUUCUUCAUGUUCAUCGGCCUCAUUAUUAUUUGUUUUCUGAUAUGUUGUGAUUGGACACCAGACAUCUAUUAAAUUCACCAUUUUU